AUGGAAACACGACGGAGGCAUCGACACCUUUCUGAAUCAUCAUCACUAUACUAUCAAGGGGUCUCUGACCAGGGGGUAUCUGACUGGAGUACACCAGUAAGACUUUCUGGCAACUACAGACCCUUCCCCAGCGUCAGUUUCCCACCAACCGCGUAUACAUCCCCCAUCGAUCCCGUACACGAAGAAUCGCCAAUAAUCUACCCAGAACAACCCCCUGACGACGAAUCGCGCCGAGAUUUCACUGUACACUCGCAUCCUUCAUACUCUGUCCGUGGCAAUCAACCACCAGGAAGCGUCUACUAUGACCCGACUCAGGGUUCGUCUUCGCGGCCGUCUUCUCCAUCCAGAUCAACAGAGGGGCGCGCGGACGCGGACGACAUAAAGCAGCAAUUACACGUUCUGAAAGAUUGGCUUCAGCGAGACGCGCAGGAUCGCCAGGCGGAGCUCAGAGCUGUCGCCGCUCGAGUGGAUCAGCUCAAUGAUCAGAUCCGACGCUUAGCCGUCGCCCCGGGAGGCAUGCAAAUCAACCAGUCCGAAUUGCGUGAUGUCGCAGCGGAGGUUGGUAGCCUCUCAGAAGAGGUCAGGCGAUUCGCAGCUGCAAGAGGAGCCCCUCCACCAGUACUCCAACAAUCGCCACGGUCCUAUGGGAGUGUAUUCGGGAUGAUCGGGGGUCCAAUGACGCCGUCGCUUGGUGCAACACCCAUACAACCGGAAAUCAAGUUCCACCAGAUGUUUCUACCACCGUCGGGCAACGACAGCCGCAGUAGCACACUACAAUGGGAUAUGCUGUUCCCGUCAACGUAUGCUCAAGGUACAAGCAGUGAUCCCUCCGCAUGGGCUGACAAACGGGAAGAGGCAGCUACAUCGCCUCGUGUGGCCAUGCUAAACCUCGUCUCGAAAGCAUUUCCGUGGACGAUCUAUGUCAGGGCCUCGCACCCUCAACUGGGCGUCUCGUGUUCGGACGUCAUCGAAGCGAUUUCGAGAUUCUUGAGCCAGCUGGUGAGCCAGCAAGAGUUCCUAGGCUUCCUAGCUGCGACACAGCAGAUGGUAACUGAAUGUUAUCACCAAAAUCGAGACGUGGCGCGCGAGGUUUUGGGUGUUAAUGGUCUUGGGGAGGGUAUCAAACGUUUGGACUGGCUCGGGAUGGAGACGAUCUUUGGGGGCAUUGAGCAUAACGAUAGACUGCUGAGAGAGAUUUGUGGAGGGGCACCGCCACCAUUGACCUUUGCCUUACUACGGGUCAGAAAGUCCUCAAGUACCAAUACACCUUUGCGUAGGUAA